AGGAAACGGAUCCUUAUUUGGCAACAAUUCUGGCUAUCCCUUCAGUAAACUUGCCAACUUCGAGUUUUCUUUCCUCGGCUUUGUCUGCUGCUGCUGUUCCUGCUACAGGGAAGGCAAAGCCAGGCAAAGAAAAAUCAGCCAAAUCCUUACCAUCUGCCAAAGUGAGUUCCCGUAUGGCAAUGAAUGUAUCACCUGAAGAAUCUCCAGUGCAAGACGAGAAAAAGUCCGAAAGAAAUGAGCCAAUCCAAAACCAAGCUGUUCCCGAAACCCGUGUUUUCAAUACUUUGAAUGUGUCUUCUCCAAAUGGAUUGGUACUUACCUUUAUUGGUCAAAAAUUCUCAGGUGAGGAAAAAGGAGAGAAAGACAAAAAUGAUGAUGAAGACAGCAAAACAGAUGAGACUAAAUCAGGUGAAGUCAAGCUGGAAGAAAUCAAAACAGAAGACAGCAAAGAAAAGCAGGCUCAGCCCCAUGAACCUCUAGCUAAAGACAAUGGAGACAAGACCAUCAAUGCCAAAACCAGUGUUGAAUCUGGAGCAGAUCUUACCAUCAAGAAUGAGAUUGCCAUGGACAGCAAGGCUGAGAUGGAAUCAGAGGAUAACAGUAUGGACAAGGAAUCUCCUUUUGAAAUAUUUAUUAGGCAGAGCUAUCCACAAAGAGUAAAACAGUUGCAACUUCAGAAAACAGUGAAGAAACCAAUAGAGCAAGAAGUAUCCAGAGUAAUAACAAGACAAGGGACUGUUGUAAAGUACAUGAUAGAUGGAUCCACUCAGAUACUCUUUGCUGAUGGCACAGUGAUUAGGAGUCCAGACUCUGGCCCUGUGAUCCCACCUCCACCUGCACCCAGCACACCUCAUACAGAGAUCACACCCACACUGGAGACAAGCACCAAAAAAGGCAGAAAAAAUACUAAAGGUCUGCUUGCAGGAAAAAAUGAAACUAUGGAAACAAUUGCUCAAGAACAAAUGCCUGAACCUGAACAAUCUACUGAUGCCUUUGCUGGCACCUGGAUAACGACUACCCCAUUAGGCAUUCAGAUAGGUACCAAGGGAACCGAAAAACUUGACCUGAAACCACUCUUGUCUUACCAGGCCACUGAUCCAGUUAAUGGAACGGUAAUGGUAAUGAGAGAAGAUAAAGUAUUAAUGGUGGAGAAAACCGAUGGAUCCCGAAUAGUAGAUCAUGCUGAUGGCACCAGAAUAAGCACCCUCUUCCAGGAAUGUGUGGAAAUUGUUUCUCCUAAUGACAGUGAGGAAGCAGACAGUUACCCUCAAACCACCACAAGGAAGGUGAAAUGCAUGCGUAUCGAAAAUCCACACUUUGCAACAGUCCUAACAAACUCUGAGGACAGCACUUGUUGUGCCGUUUUUGCUGAUGGCACUUCAAUUAUUUCCAAGCCACAAGGAACAUACCAGAUUUUACCCAUAAACAAAGGUUCCCUCUUCAUCGAUGAAAAUUACUCUGCAGUUUACUCACCAGAGGCAUUUGAAAAAAAUGAUAGUGAACUGAUGUCCAGUGAUGAGAACCAGCGUGUAGGGAAAUACAUUAUGAAACACAAUUCCAAGAUUGUUUGUGAGAUGACAGACGUCACAGGAAAUAUUUUCAAGGUCAUGGCUGAUGGUAGCACAUCUACAUUCAUUCCUUCCAUUGAUGCUGAGAACAAAGUAACUGAACCCGCAGAAAUUCAGACUCCUGUGAUAUAUGGGGAACAUGCACCCAGAUUCUUCAUUGUCCAUGCGGAUGGCUCAGGAACUGAACUCCUCCGCACCAAACAUACAGAAGAAUAUCUGGCAAUGGCAUAUGGUCAUCCCACUAUAACUGUUCUUCGGGAGGCAAUAAAAGAAUGCCCAGGAGUCCUAAGCAUUACUGUUCUUUGCCCUUUGACUGAAGUAUCUCAAUGGAUAAUGAAAAAAGACUCUGACACCAUUGUUCCUUAUAGUCUACAAUCCAGAGAUUGGGAAAACUUUCCUCCUGUUGAGAGAAAGACUCCUGGCCCUCCGUUUGGAAUGCAUGCUUGGAAAGGCCUGUGCAUUGAGUUCAAGGAAUUAGCAGUUUCUCCUGCACCUAUAAAAAAAUGUCCAAAUGUGCUCCAAAUUCGACGACUAAUCCAGUAUGAGCCAAUCAGUAAUGAAUUAAGAGACAAAUUGCAAUCUUCUGUCAAGGAAUACAUUUACAAAAUCAUUAAGCAAGAAGAUGAGAUGCAAGAAAGGAUGAUUAAAGAACCAAGAACAGAACAAGAAAAGAAAAAUGCUGCAGACCUUCUCAAGCUGGUUAUGUCUUUCCCCAGUCUUGAAGAAUCCUCAGACUUUUGCAGUAGAGCUCCAAUUUCUGUACUGUAUGAGCAGGCAAUGAUAUCAGAGGUGCCAAGUUCAUCACAGGAAGCAUUCUCAAAGCAAACGGAUGAAUAUUGGAAAAUGAUGAGGAUGAGGUAAGAGAAUUUGGUGCAAGAAACAAUUCCAAAAGUUAUAGCAAUGGUUUUCUUAGUAUCGUAUGCCUGGAUGUGUGUGUUGAAUUGUAGUGUAGAGUCACAGUAGGGAGAGCUCUUUCCCAGAGAGCAAAGAGACAGCAGAGCCUGGAAUGCAGAGGAUGAAGGUGGACUCACCCCUAGCCUAGAGGCGGAGCUCUCACCUCACAAUCAGGAGGUUGUGAGUUCGAUCCUAGGAGGAGGCAGAUGUAUGGUCUCCUGCUUGGGCAGGGGAUUGGACUAGAUGACCUGCAAGGUCCCUUCCAACUACGUUAAACUAGUAAAUUCACAGUGUAUCUAAUAGUUAUGCUGGCAAUUGCUUUAGUUUGCCAAGAUUUCUGUCUAUAAGUGAACACAAUAAAAUACGACUAUUCAGAAAUAACCAAAUGUGUCAUUCUUGAUUGGGCCUGACAUUAAUCUUGCCAGACUAAAGCAACCACCUGCAUAACUACUAGAUGUAGUCUGUGAAUCGCUAGGGGCGUCUGCCUUCAGCCUCUUCCUGCAAACCUCCUGUGUUUCUGGGAUACAUUCCAUCACAGUAUAUCUUGCAGAGCAGAAAUAAAUUUGGUAAAAAUACAUAAUUAAUAUUGUACUGUAGUAUUUUAUAAAACAUGAGGUUAAUAAAGGAAUUCUUUGAAGAGUUUUCUGGUGUUGUUAAUUAACUGAACUCUCUUCUCUUGAUAUCUGGUAUCUUGGUAUCUCUAUUGGAAACUGAAACACUCAGAUUACUUCAAUAUCAUCAUCAUCAUCAUCAUCAUCAUCAUCAUCAUCAUC